AUGCAAUCAAAUUUUAAAAGAUACAUAGAUCAAUCUUGUAAAAUCCUCAUGACGAGGGCCUUGUGUAUUACAUGGCAACUUUUAAAUGAAAGACUCGCACCAACUUCAUUCAAUACAUCUGUCAGUUUAUCGGUGAUGGAGGAAAGUUCUGAAUCCCACAUGGAGACAGAUGUGUCUUCUACCACUGAGGAUGUUCCAGAGACGCAGGAAGUAACAGGUUCCAUCGGUAACGUCGAGAUGGUCAUAGUGGUAGAAAAAGUGAAGGAAGAAGAAAUGAAUUCUGAGGUUCAGAAUGAGAAAGAAAUUUCGCUGGUCGAUAAUAGCAUAAAUGAGGUAUCUAAAUCAUGUGUGGAAUCUCCACAAAUGGAUACAGAGGUACAAAUAAUUUCAAUAAAAUCUCCAGCUAAAAACAUGGAAGUAGAAUCUUUAAGUAAGACUGAGUCACCCCAAAAACCUGUAAACAAAGAUUUGGCAUUAGAUAAUGAAAUAGAACUCUCAGCACAAUUGCAACAAACAGAAAAUGUAGAUUCUUCUGUGAAAGAUAAUUUACAAACAGAAAAUAUAGAUAAAUCAAAAUCUCUUGAAAGUAGCCCUAACAAGGUUCAAAAUAAUACAAUAUCUCUUGUUGAAACUAUGUCUAACAAGGUUCAAAAUAAUCCAAUAUCUCUUGUUGAAAGUAGCCCUAAAAAGAUUCAAAAUAAUACAAUAUCUCUUGUUGAAAGUAGCCCUAACAAGGUUCAAAAUAAUACAAUAUCCCUUGUUGAAAGUAGCCCUAACAAGGUUCAAAAUAAUACAGUAUCUCUUGUUGAAAGUAGCCCUCACAAGGUUCAAAAUAAUACAAAAUCUCUUGUUGAAAGUAGCCCAAAUAAGGUUCAAAAUAUAUCUGUAGAAAAGAGCCCAAUGAAGGAAGCACCAAAACCUAUUCAAAUAUCACCGAAUAAAGAGUUACAAAUAAGUGAGUCACAAAUGUGUCCUCCAACCAAUGAGCCUCUGCUUGUAGAAAAGGUUUUGGUCAAUGGUAAGAUACAGAAUAGUGACACAAAUGCAAAACUCACAGAUUCACAUUGUAAAACCACAUCAUCUAUCAUUCCCAUUGAUAUAACUGUAGAAAGAGAUACCUCAGAUGAUUCUCAAAUUGAAAACAACUCAAUAGAAACAAACUGUUCUGACACUUCAGAAAAAGAACAUAACAAGAGCAUUAGUAGGGAAUUAAAGUCAUUAAUAAACUCUGCUAAAGAGUCCAAGAUUAUUAGUGAAUGUACACAAUUAAAAAGUAAAACAAGAAAGUCUAGGUCAGCUCUGGACAAUUCUAGUACUAGUUUAAAUACUUCUGUAGAAGCAGACAAGAUACAGGGCAUUAGACGUCACAGUAAUAACUCACAGAAGAGUAGCUGUAGUGAGAAAUCAGAAAAGGUUGCUGUCAAACGAUCUAUGAGGUCACAGAACCCUGAGUUUGUUAGUAAGGUCAAACAGUUUUUAAACUCAGUCACUGGUAAAGGAAAUAAAGAUAAAGAUUCAGAUGAAGAUGAUGAGGUAGAAGAGAAAAAUACUAAAGACAAAGGUUUGAAUAAGGAUAAAAAUUAUCAUGUUGAAUCCUCUGUCACACCACUGAAAAUGAAGAAGGUUGAAUCAGUAUGUAGUGAGACUUUUGACAGCACUGGUAAACUUCGAUCAGACUCCUACUGCUGGAGGUGCCAUUGGGUUGUGGAGCAGUCUGCUCCAAUGCCAUGUACUGUCUGCCCCAGGUCCUUCCACUAUAAGUGUUUAUCAAGCUCUGAACGGAAUAAGAUAAAUGCAGAGAAGAGCUGGGUGUGUCCUGAGUGUAUGCUUAUCCUGCAAGCUGAAAGUUCAGAAACCAGGUCACAGGCCAUGAAGAAGGUCUCACCAUCAAUGCUUCGUGAUCUACUCAAGUAUGCACUAGAACGAUUGAUGGAUCUCAAUGGGGUGGAACCCUUUAUGCAACCCGUGGAUCGUGCGAAUUUCCCAGAUUAUGACAAGUACGUCGUACAUCCCAUGGACCUGUCAUUAAUGCAAACUAACAUUGCCGAGGGACGAUAUGGCAGCACAGUGGCCUUCCUUUCAGAUGUGCAAUGGAUACUACAUAACAGCAUUAUUUUUAAUACACUGUAUCCCACAGUGCAAUCCAAGCUCACAGCAGGGGCGCGGGCGCUGGUCCGCUCGUGCCGAACGGAGAUGGGGGAGAUCGAGGCGUGUCCCGAGUGUUACGCCGCAGCACAUGCUCGUCGCCCUACCUGGUUCACAGACGUUUGUACUACACCUCAUAUCCUCCUCUGGGCUAAACUAAAAGGAUUUCCUUACUGGCCGGCAAAGGGUAUGUCGGUGAGUAAUGCAGGACACGUGGACGUACGUUUCUUUGGAGCACAUGACCGCGCUUGGGUUCCAGCGAAAGACUGCUUCUUAUACUCUGAGAAGGAUCCUAAUAACUUUAGGACUAAGCGACAGGACAUUAUUGACAGUAUGCAUGAAGCUGAACAGCAUAUUUUAAAUAUUUCUAAAAAGUAUGGCAAAUUUAUCUACCCACCUUUCAAAACACAAUUUAAUCCCAACAAACUGAAUGAACAUCUCAAAAUGAUGAUACCGUCGUUCGAGGGAGAAGUGCGAACGUCUCUUAAAGAGAAGUCGAACACGCCCUCUACAGAUACCAAAGAGAAGAGCAGAUCCAAUUCAAAAAGUUCUAAGUGUUCCUAUAAUGAUGGAGAAAUGAGUGAAAAUGAAGAUGUGAAUGAAACUGAACAGCCUACAACAGUUGCUUCUAGAAAAAUGGCCGACGGUGCUGAAAUCGCAAGAGAAGACGAAGAUACCACUACUGAAAAACUCGAAAUUAUGGAUGUGGACACGACAAGUCAAGUGAUCGAAUCAGUUUCACAGAAGCCUAAAAGUACCGAAAUGCUUUCACAAUCGAAUAAAAUUAGCGAACCUUCCAGAAAACGACGUCGUUCAGACCUGGAAGAAGCAGUCCUAACAAUAAUUGAGUCCUCAAAUAACCCCCCUGAACCUAAACGAAGGAAACAUGAGAAUAAACAAGAAAAGGAGAAGAAGAAAUCUGAAGAGUGUGAACCAAGCAGCAGUAAAGAAAUUAAUCAUAAACCAAAUAGUGAUGAUUUCCGUGUUGACAAAUCAAAGAAAAGUAAUGAAAACACCAAUAACGAUGAAAUUCAGGAUAAAGAUAAUGAACCGUCAAGUAGUACAAGAUCAGAUCCCGAAAAAGAAGUAAAACAGAGGAAAAAAAAUGGUGAUAAAACACCGAAGGAAGAAAAAUUAACAAGGUCUGAGAAAAGGCGAAAUUCAAGAAAUAAGUCUAUAACCAACACACCAAAAGCAGAUAAAAACAGACACACUUCCGCUGAAAAGAAAUCUGAAAAGAUUGCAAAGUCUGAAAACGAAACUACAUCGAGUAAAGAAAAACCGAAAGAAGUUAAAGAUAUUCCAAAAGAAAAUAGUACUUCUACUAAAGAAAACAAUACAGAAACAGAAAGUUUAAGAAAAGACAAGAUAAGUUCCCCAAAACCCAACUCUGAGAUCGUGACAUCUGUUAAAGAUCGUCUUCAUUUUGACGAUGACACAAGUCUUGCAGUUAUCGCUCGCGAAUCACGAACUGUAAUAAUAUCUAACAACACGACAGGCCUUCCCACAAUCAGUUGUGUCAGAAGUUUGUCAACCACUGCCCAGAAUACUGGCGUCACCAUCACCAAAAGUACAAGUAAUGCACGAACAUCAGAUGAAUCCAUGGUUGGAAGAGUGGGAGUUCGAGCAUUCGCAAGAAUGACAUCACCAGAGAAAUCACCAAAUAACAACGACAACGUUGAAAUCGAAAUAAAAGCAGAACCGAUAGAUGUAGAUGAUGCUGACAGGCAAAUUGAGAAACUCAAUCUUAUGAACGCGUUUAGAUUGCGACCGGUUAAUCCACCAGCCGCGGCCAGUAAUUUAAGAGAAGUUCGAAUAAACAAAGUGUUGGUAACUCCGCUAAAUGCAAAGAAGACCGCCGGUCCUAAACCUGUUGAAGUAAGACCAAGAGCCAAGAAGACCUUCCCUCAGCCCAAAAAGCCGGAAGAUGGGCAGUUAAACAGUAAGAAUAGCAUGGUUUACAUUCCUAUUCAACCGCCGAUGACUCAAGCGCCCAUCAGACCGCAGCGGAUUGUUGCGGGGCCGUGUCUUCCUAAGCCAUCAAUGGCUUCAAGCACUUUGACCAACUGCCUAGUAAACACAGUGACGACUCCAGUAAUGCAAGUUUCAUCCAUCUCAUCAUCGCCGUCCGCCCCAGCGCUUACCACGACUUCGUCUAAGACCAUGGCGACCCUAGGACCCGUUCCGUCCUCGGUGCACACGGUGCCGAUGAUGACGUCUGUCAACGGGCAGUGGAUGUUCAGCUUCCAACCUGUCAUGUCCGUUGGAGCUUUAGAAACUUCACCAUCACCACCGAUAUUGAACGGAGUAGCAGAUCGGAACAACACUGCAGCAUCUCUCAUACCACUACCUAAUAGUGCAACACAAAACAACCAACAGCUGCAAGGACCUUCUAGCGCCGGCAAUGCGUCAGUGCAAACUAUGCGUCCUGCAACUGCCAAGACACCUGGUGAAAAUAAUACUCCAGGAGAGCCACCUCGGUUGCAGCAGCGACCGGCGCUACUGUUGUUGAACCCAUUGGACCCCAACGCUCCCAUCGGCAAUAUACCGACGCCGUCCUCUGCUGGACCUCUCACUGCGAAACUUAACCAGAACGCUGUCAAGUUAACAGAUUUCUUCCGCACAUUAUUAGAAGAUUCUCUAGAAAAGUUAGACGAUCCCGCAACGCAGCUUACCACCGCCCGGCUACAGUUAGAACAAGCAAAAUGGAAACACCAAACCGAAAUAGAAGAAAUUAAACAUAACCAGGAGCUGACGAUAGCGGAGAUGCGCGCGCUGUUCGAGAAGGAGAAGGCCCGCGCCGUGGCCGAGACGCGGCGCGCGGCCCAGCUGGAGAUGGAGGCGGCCGUCAAGCUCGCCAAGUCCAAGCAGUGGUGUGCAAACUGCAGUCAAGAAGCUCAGUUCUAUUGUUGUUGGAACACGUCGUAUUGUGACUAUCCGUGCCAGAGAGCGCACUGGUCCCAACACUUCAAUGUGUGUGCUCAACAAAGACAGGAUGGAAGCAACGCUAAUGAGCCCCCCGCACCGACUGAAACGAGACUACAAGCUCAGCCAGACAACAUGCCAAAAAACACGGCAGCGCCGGCCCUCACGGUCGGCGGCAAGUUGGCUCCCUCGCGCGUCUAUACCCAAGACCCACAUAACGUCAAUACACAGAAAAACGCUAUUAUUGUAAGCAUGGUAGAAGACCAAAGCGGCAACCAGACAAUGAAAUGCUUAGGUACGUACAAGUCGCCGGCGCCUGCGCAGAACAUGUCGCCAAUCAUUCUCAACAAACAAAUUAUGAAUAGCGAGGAAAACGCAAAUAACAAAAAAGUGGUGUCAUCUGGCGGGUAUUUGAUUGUAGGUGGCGGUUCAAACAGUUCGGCGGUGGUGACUCCAACCCGACGGACGCAUACUAUUCAGUACUUUUCAUGA